AUGGCCUUGAAUGCACAUACACACGCCUCACGGAACAGCGGCAAUCGCGGCUUGGAAGUGAACCUCCCUCGCUCCCGACUCAGGAUGAGCAACGAUCGAGAAGUCACUCUGCCAGUGCCGACAGCUCUGAAGGGUCAAGAAAUCAUGCGCGGCAAGGGCGGAGCAAUGUCCUUGCCUCUGAAUGCGAACGAUAAUGCCGCCGCAAGCGAUUUCGGUACCGCUGCUGCUACUGUACAGUUGGUGACCGACGAGUACAUCUCGCCGGAUCAUAGUGAUAGACUCGACGACUUUUUCGUGUCAUGUCUGUUUCCCGAUUCAGAAGUCUUCCAAGCUACGGGCGAGACUGCAAAUUGGUCUACGACGUGGCCAAUAUCAGACCACUCGGGCCCGUUUGCCAGUCCUGUUGGCCCUUUCAACUGCUUAUUGGACUGCUUGACCGGAUUCACUCUCUCCCUUCCGCAUGGACAUCCUGAAAGCGCGCCCAACGAUCGACUUGCAAAGGCAGCGAAGCUGUUUUCGAGGGCUAACGUCGAACGAUUUGUCGGUCAUUAUUUUCGAGAUUACUGUCCACAUAGCCCGAUUCUCCAUCCGGGGACUUUCCAACUCGCUGCGACAUCACCAUUCUUACUCACGGUAUUGGUCCUCACGGGAGCUCUGUUCUCCUCUUCGCCAACUGACAUGGAGCUGGCAAGGGACAUUCUUGGCCUGGUGGUGGAAUAUGCUUUCAGCAACCCGGUUUUCAAAAAGCUGCUCCAGGGGCCUGACGCAGUACGGGGACUGGACGAAGUUGAAACCUUGCAAGCGCUCGAAGCUGCUUUUUUCAUCACACAAGUUCAAAUCCGGGAAGGGUCUCCCGCUAAACGGAGAGAUGCUCGAAAAUCACUCUUUGAAGACAUUAUAACUGCUGUUCGAGCCAUAGGUCUACUGGAGACUCGAAACCCGUUCUUCGAAGCUGAGCCACCACCACCAGAAAAGUUUCAGUGGACUCAGUUUGCCGCUUAUGAAUCCAGAAUUCGUCUUGCAUGUGGUAUUUUUCAUCUUGAUGCCAGCUUCACGGUCCUGUACAAUAUGACUCCCCGGUUAUUUGCGGAAGAGAUGAACAUCGGGAUGCCCGGCUCGGUUGAUGCUUUCUUUGCCGACAAUGUCCAGGAUUGCUAUCGGCUUUCGUUAAAAGAGCAUGGACUUCAGAAGAUAUCGCUCUCGCAGAUAUGCGACGCGCUUUUGCAGGAAGAGUGGGAUGAAAAGAUGCACAGUUCCAUGCAACACUUGUCGCUACUGCAUCUUUGCAGCUCGAUGUUGGCGCUAGCUCAGAUUUUAUGGCUCUCUCCAUACAGACCGAAGAAGUGGCAAACCAUGGAACGAAUGAGAGUGGCGCUGAGCAGGUGGAAAGCAGCCUGGGACUUCCAGAACGCGACAUUGACUGCUCCCCAGCGCGAGCGCUACGGAUUUCUGAAGACUAUUCCCCUCGAAUUCUGGCAGAUCGCAACUGUCCUGGUGGAGAAGAACAGUACCAGUUUGGAAACGGCGAUCACUCAAAGUGCCAUUGCUGCUUUGAGCAACAAUCACUGUGCACAAAUCAUGUUGGAAGAUGUCAGCAAGGAUCAGAGCUGA